AUGGGCCAGCUUUGCUGCUUUCCUUUCUCAAGAGACGAGGGGAAAAUCUGUGAGUUGGAAAGCUCAUCCCCUGCAGUCCUACAGAAAUACAGCGAGGAUAUAUCCACCUGGCCAAGUGGUGAAAAGGACGGAGGGGAGCCGGAUGAUGCUGAACUGGUAAGGCUCAGUAAGAGGCUGGUGGAGAACGCGGUGCUCAAGGCUGUGCAGCAGUAUCUGGAAGAGACACAGAACAAAAAGCAGCUUGGGGAAGGGAGCUCUGUGAAAAUCGAAGAGGCUGAGCGGAAUGGCAAUGACAGUGAUAACAACAGGAAAUGAGACCCCAGCAGAUUCCUGCUGCUCUGUGAAAAGCAUCCUGCUCCCCUCUGCCAAGGCUCCGGACUGACUUGCAAUGUGCUUUUUAAGCAUCUCUUAUCCAAUCCAUGGAGGUUGCCCAAAGCUUUCAUGAUAGAUGCCUUUGCAUUUCUGAAACAACAGAAGAGAAAUGGAAUGCUGGGACUAGCAGGGGAAAUUAAUUUCUGGAAGAAAGAUGGCCCAAGUUUCACUUGCCCUCAGCCAGGCACAAGGGAGGGGGGACUUUGGAUCACGCCUCCUGGACUUAGAAGCUGCAGGAGAGGUCUUGCCAUAAAUGGAACACUGCCAUUUAUAUUGUGUAGGACAUUUGACUAAUUUAUCUGAGGCCAAAACUCACACACAGCUAUCAAGUGCUAAAUUUAAAUUCAUCACUGUUGAGAUUAUCAUCUGUGUAGUUAAUCCAUAAUGUUUUAUGUUGUUCUCAGUGUGCUGUCAUUGGGUAGUGAUCUUUCUUUACAGUAAAUUAUGUUUCAUGUAAAUGAUAUAUUUUCGGCAAAUGAAACCUUUUCUAUAAAAUGUGGGCAACAUUUCAAAGGGUUUUUCACCUUAUUUUGAUAAGUCAAUAUGCCAUAUUUAAUGUAUUUCAUUGACAUUUGUACUUUAAAUGUAUUAUAUAAUUUUUUUCCCUUAGGCAAGAAACCUGUUGGAAUUCAAGACUUAAUUAAUGAAGCUUUACAUCGAGAAAGGAUGGGUCUCAAGGCCAAGGUGCAACAGAUAAAGAAACUUUUAUUAAAGCCUGAGACUCAGGCCAAAAUUAGGAGGGAGCUUUUUGAAGGAAGACUUAUUGACAAUAGUAAUCAAGCAAAUCAUGUUGAAUUCAGCGCAACUUUGACAUAAGCUUUUUGUUGUUAUCAUGAUAACAUAGUUAUGAAAUCUUUUCAGCUUCUUAAAUAUCUCUUUGGUAAAUACCAAAGUAUUCUGAUAGGUUCUAUACAACAGUGAACCAACAUUUGGUAAGGAAUUUCUUGCCAAAGAAAACCAAUUUUGCCCUGUUAUUUUUUGAGCUCAACUUGUGUUUUAGAAUAAUUGUUUCUGUAAUAUUGAGUCACUUUAUAGAAAUGACUUCCUAAUUAGCUGUUGUGAGAUGUUUCUUGGUCUUCUCAGACAAAAAAAUACAGACUGUGAAAAAAUCAUUUACAGAAAAGAACAAAACCAACAACAGUAUUUUAAGGGUCACUUGCUUCCUGUUGACAUGAUAUUAAAUCAAAAGAAGCAUUGUCCAGCUGUCUACAUUUAGUGUUACUUUUAAUGAAAAUUUGAAUGUUUAUUGAACAUUAAUAGUACUUGAAUGAACAUUUAUAAAUAUAGUAAUUGUAAUCACUGGUUAAAAUGUUUUAUAAUACCCAUAUGUAUUAUUUUUCAUUGAUCAAAAUGUAAUUUGCUUUGUCAUUUCUUAAUGAAUGAAUGUUUCAGAUUUUAUUUUCUACUUUUUUGAAGAUAAGCCCCAGGUCUUAUCACAUCCCUUAUAAUUUGAAUUUGUUUGCACUGGUUCAAUUUUAAAGAGCAUUCUUGAAAAAUUUCUCCCCAUAUGAUUAUUGGUAACAGCUUUUUUUCUAUAGUCAUUGUAAAAUUGCUGCUACUCAUAGAUCAUGAUGGAAGGAGAAAUGAUUGGAGAUCAAAUAUGUAAUCAUUCAAAUAUAAAAUCCAGUUUGCUCAUGGAUUUUAGCUAUUUUUUCACUGGAUAAAUUAUAUUACAUUUAUUUAUAAGUGAGUUUAUGCAUUUUCAUGCCUCUUAAUAAAUGUAUUGUUUUCCCUUGUU